AUGACUUAUCUCUGCCGGCACGAGGUCCGAGCGACGGGAAAUUGGUUUACUAUGACGACGUUUGUCGUCGGUGAAAUUAUCUCCUGCGUCACUUAUCCGAUACAGAUGUUGGUGGACAUAUUCAUCAUCGAUAAUAACCCAGCAUGUUUCAUUGCGAUGUCGAUGGACAUUUUGUUCGGGAUCUGCUUUACAUUGAACGUCCUGGCUCUGACAGUGGAGCGCUAUAUUUCGAUUUGCAAGCCUCUACGAGCACCGACUAUGCUCACCCAACGUCGCAUCGGCACUGUCAUUCUGGCUAUCUUCAUUUACGCAGUAUUUGUGGCUAUGUUCAUCCCUCUGGCCACACCAAUUGGCUUCAAAGGAGACAUUUCUGAAGUGGCGAACGGUUGUCGAGUAAGCUCAGUCAUUCCAAAUCGCCAAUACGUCUCUUUCGUGUUUGCCAACUUUCUUUUGCCUAUUCCCGUCAUGAUCAUUAUAUACUGCCGCAUCUAUCACGUUGUGCGUCGACAUAUUCGUGCUGUUGCGGAUCUUACCGUAAUCCAACCCCAAUGCGAAUCGGGUGAUCCCUCUGUAGCCGGAGCUGCCGCCGAGAAGAAUCGCCGAAUGUGGAAACGCGAGGUCAAGUCUGCUGUGCUCCUCUUCGUCAUCGUCAUCAGCUUCACCAUCUGCUGGUUACCGUUUGUGGUAUUCAUCCUCAUUCGAUCCUUCAAUAGUGUUGUAAGUCCAUUGGCCUAUGGUUUUAUACAUGCAGUUGUCUUCAGCACUGUAGCCAUUAAUCCGAUCGUCUACGGUUUUGGCAACAAGACGUACCGACAGGCAAUAAGUUCCGUUUUCUGUGGCCCAUUGAUGAAAAUGUUCAAUCUUGAUAGUCCGGUGAAUGUGAACAUAUAG